UUAGAUUUUAUGAAUCCGGCCAGUUGCGUUAGGUAGAAACAUGAAAAGAGCCUAAUUCGUCCAGGCCUAUGCAGUAUAUAUAGCCUAUAGACUGGAACAAAAAUACUCACCCAUCCUUCAAUUUCUGUUCUUGCUUUCUUAGCCACCAUGACUAGAAAGAAGGUUAAGCUUGCAUACAUUACUAAUGAUUCUGCAAGAAAAGCAACCUUCAAAAAAAGGAAGAAGGGUCUAAUGAAGAAGGUAAGUGAGCUAAGCACCCUUUGUGGGAUUGAAGCUUGUGCGAUAAUUUGUAGCCCAUAUGACACUCAACCUGAGGUUUGGCCCUCUCCUCUGGGGGUCCAGCGUGUGCUAAGCCAGUUCCAGAGAUUGCCUGAGAUGGAACAAUGCAAGAAGAUGGUGAAUCAGGAAAGUUUCCUUAGGCAAAGAAUCACAAAAGCCAAUGGGCAUCUCAAGAAACAGCGAAAGGACAACCGUGAGAAGGAAGUGACGCAUGCCAUGUUCCAGUGCUUGACUGGGAAGAGCUUGCAAAACCUGAACCUGAUGGAUUUGAAUGAUCUGGGAUGGAUGGUUGACCGAAACUUGAAGGAAAUUAACAAGAGGUCUGACUCACUUAAGAAUGUGACCAAUUCCCAAAUGGCAGCAGGACCUAGUGGGGAGCAUCCAUCACAGAGGGCAGAAGUGCCGGUUUUUGAGGUGAACAAUGAUAACAUGCAGAGGCAGCAGUGGUUCAUGGAUUUGCUGACCCCACAAGAGCCUCUGGGAUUUGGUGGGUCGGAUGAGAUGAUGCUGCCAUUCGUGGAUAACAACCAAAAUCCUCCUUGGUCUAAUACCUUUUUCCCUUGAGGUUUGGCUUAUUUACGAAUCAUGGUGUUUUAGCUGGCUGGAGUUGGAGCACGGUAUUGCUAUAACCCUCCUAGAAUCCAUUUCGGUAUUUUAGCUUGCUGCUGGAGUUGGAACACAUAUUUCUAUACCCCUCCUAGAAUCCAUUGUACCUAAAUAAGUCCUCCUCGGUUAAGCUUUAUCAUGUUCAAGAUAUUUCGCUUAGUUUGCAUUCUCUGAUUUUCAAAUAUUUCAUUUUUAUGUAUCUGAUGUCGAUGGGCAUCACUGUCUGUUGUUUAAUAAAAGUGAAUGAGAUAUUUGCCAAUUGCUUCAUUUAAAUUCUUCAGUUAUUACAGUCAUGGUGUCUCUUGUUUGGUCCCAACGCAUAAUCUAGCAAUUUCUCAACCGGAUACGACGAUUUACCUGUGGACUUCUCCGACGACAUUUUCCACAUCAGAUUGAAACCACUGCCUUGCUUUUGAUGCUUAUGGCAAUUUAGUAUUAUAGCGGUUUCUUUUUUCUUGUUUCAUUCCAUAACACUUAUCGUAAAACUGCUUCAUUUCCUGAGAAAUUCUGGCACUUCUUUUUAUUUUUUAACUGUAGAUGAAGAUUGGAAGAAUAAUGUUCGAAUCACAGUGUCAUC